UAUGUAUACGCAUGCGCAAUACACGAAGCUGUCUGGCAGACGUGACAUAGGUUAAAUCCAGCGAUCUUCCCUAAAUUUCAGAGGCUCUGUAGAUACAGAGAUGGCAAGACAACAAGUUCUCCAUCUAGAACCUUCAAAUGAGUUGAGGUUCACAGGUCCUUUUAAUGAUGCGGUUACAGCAAAUCUGAAGUUAAGUAACCCAGAAGAAAAAAAAGUUUUAUUCAAAGUAAAAACAACAGCACCAAAGCGAUACUGUGUUCGUCCUAAUAGUGGAAUAAUUGAACCAGGAGCAUCUAUCACAGUUGCAGUUAUGUUGCAACCAUUUGAGUAUGACCCCACAGAAAGGAAUAAACACAAGUUUAUGGUUCAGACCCUUUUUGCACCAGAUGGUCCCAUUGAAAGCCAAGAAGAACUGUGGAAGGAGGUCACCCCAGAUAAUCUGAUGGACUCCAAACUGAAGUGUGUGUUCGAAAUGCCAGUGGAGAACAAUCAGGCUGCCAAUCAGUCAAGUGUCAACAAGGAUUCUGAAGAGAAGCCAAUAAAACCUGUUAAACAAGUUCAGCUAGAGAGCUCUCCGCCAACCAAAGCAACAAGUCAAGAUGCAGAAUUACGGAAAUCUUUGGAAGAUAAACAAAGGUUGGAAAAGGAGGUACAGAGUCUUCGGGACGUAGUUAGUUCUCUAAAGGAAAAUGAGGCACGCCUACGGAAGGUUGCGAUGUCAGACACUGUGAAGUCUACCCCUGCCCCCGCCCUAGUGUCGUCGUCGUCCUCCCAAGCUCAGGCCCUGAACCUUCCCCCAAUUGUCUACCUUAUUGCUGCAUUUGUGAUAGGAAUUAUCAUCAGCAAGUUAAUACUGUAGUAUAACCUCAACACGCUGAGCGACUUUUAAAAACAAAACUUUUAAUGUAAUGAAAAAUAACAAAAUGUGCAAGAUUACAAAAAAAAGAUUCAGACAAGCUGCAUGAAGAUGUUUUGAUGAACUUUAUAGAAGAUGUCGUUAUCUUUUGUCACCCACGACAGGAUAUCAAGAAGGUGAUGCUGGUCUGAAUCAUUAUAACAUGUUAGUCUUACUGUUUGCAAACCCCACUAGCUAGUAAAAUGUGAAUUUCAGUUUUCAGCUAGAUUGCAAAAAUUGUUUGUGUUUUAGUGGUUAUAAAGAAUAUGAUAUAUUAGUUACUUACCUAAACACUUUACUAUUGUUAUCAAUAACCCUUCACAAUCAUUUUGACACUCCUUAUGAUUUACCAACUAAUUCACAUUUUUGUGAAGAAAGGGGGUUAAAAAUUUACAUUGUAAUCAGCACUUGAUUCACAUUUUUUUCAUCAGAGAAGAUAUAAGAAAAAUGAUCUAGUUAUAUAUCCUUUGGAUGACAUCAGUGUGUGUUUUGUUUGAUUUGUUGAGCCGUCUCACGCCUUGGACCAGAUUGGCAUGAUGACCACCUGGGAGUGGAAGGCUUUAGUUUCAUCCUGAAACUGUCGCACAGCAGCAGUGAAGAACAGGGACAGCGGCAGUUCAUCUAUAUUGGUUCAGACUUCGUAUAACUUAUGGCACUGAAUAGAUGUGUUCUAUAGUUUGUUAAUAACUACAUUGAAGGACAGGCUGUUAAUAGUUUUAGAUGACAGUGAGAUCUAUGGAGUUAAAAAUACACUUUUAAGAAGUAUAUAGAAUACUGGCAUGGUAAAAUGAAUAAAAAUAAAUAACAAUGUACUAGAAACAACAUUUUGAAAUUAAAAAAGUAAAAGUAACAAAUAUUUUUCAAAAACCCAAAUCAGAAUUUUGAGAAAAACAUUAAAUGCCUUCUGAAAACUUGAUGAUUUUUUUACCGACUGCUGCUGUUGUGUGAUGGUUACUAUUAGUAAUUGCAAAUAUUUAUGUCUUCAACAGCUCCUUAUUUAUUUUUGCAUGCAAUACCAACUGUCCAUUCAAUAUGAUAUGCAUCAAAUAAACACUUGGUUUACUGCUGUAAACAUUUAACUUCCUUAGUGACUUAUACCGGUAAAUCAUAUACAUUUGUAUACAAAUUUAAGGCUUAGCUACAUUAAUUUGUGUUAUGUUUGGGAAACUAGAAGUUAGUGACACGAAGUUGCUCUGUAAAUAUACAUAUAUAUAUAUAUAUAUAAUAUUAAUUGUCUCCUUGAUACAUGUAGUAAAUUCACGAAAUAGCAGAUGUAUCUUUUAUUUGCCAUCAAUUAUGGAUCCCACUUUGUUGACUUUUUUUUUGUUUCCAGUGUUUUUACUUAUAUACAUGGUCAUUAUUUGUUGGCGAAAUUGACAUUAACUCACUACACGUGUAUACAAUUGACCCAUGGUAUUUUUAGAGGAUCGUGUGGACAUUUCUUUGUGCUAAUUGGAUUUUUUUUUAGUUCUAAACCUUAUAAUGGUGUUUAAUGAAGCCCUUGCUUGUGUCUUAUUAUACAGGGCAUCACUAUUGUCCACAAAAGGGAAUGAAAGACUCAAGUUCAACACAGGAAACAGUUUCUGUAUGUGGUGCUUUCAUUAAGGUCUUUUUAUAAUAUUGAAUUUUAUUCCUACAAACAAGGGUAAUAUUAAGCGAUAAUGUUUUCAAAGAACAAAAGAAAAAGAGUUAAUUUUCACAACUCACAGUUAUCGGCAGCAAAUGAAUUAUCCUGAUAGUUGGAUUCUAUAAUCAAAAUAUGACUGAGAAAAGUAGCUGAACUGGGUUUCUGCAAGAUUAUCUUGCUCUUCCUUCAGCAAUAGAAAAUGUUAAAAAUAAUCAGUGUAAUAUGUUUAGUCUUUGUAUACUGGUGAAUAGUGAAAUUGUGGAAAACAAGUUUAGGACAUUACAGAAUUUUCUCCCAUUGUAAGUUUCUGCCUGCAUCUAGAAUCCAGUUUUUACAUUGAAUGACCAUACAAGACAUAACAGAGAAGCCACCUGUCAGAAGUGGUCCCUCGCUUUCCUCGAGACACAUAGCUUGUGUGUCAGGUGUAUCCAUACAAAUAUAAGUGCUGCUUGUUAAUGUUGUAUAUUUAGUAUACUCUUGUACAGUACAAUAUGUUUGUAUGUAUAACAUCUGUACAGGUUUUUUUCUGAAAUUUAAUAUGGUAACUUUUACUAAUAAAAAGCAAAUUUCAUGUUUUUCUUACUAGGUAAUAAAACAGAUUUAGUGCCAAGUUAUUCAUUACAGAUUGCAACUUAAGUGGUUAAUAUUUGUAAUCGGGAGGAAGAAAAGGAUUAAAUCAUAAACAAUGGGUUAUGUCCCUUUGUGUGUUUUCAAUUUACACUUAACUCCGUGCAAUUUAACGUUAGUGCGAGUGCUACGGCUAAGUUAUUCUACAGCUAAGUUAUUAGCUGUAGUGACGUGUCAGGAAAUUUAAAAGGACACCCUUGUAUGGAGAAGAUAUUAAAGCUAGUACCAUAGUGUGUGUAGUCUAUUUGAUAUGUGCUAAAAUACUGCAAUAUAUGUUACAAUUAUACAAACACAUUUUACAUGUCUAUGAAGUGAAAGUGCAUGAUUGUAUGGUGUUUUGAAUAGUUACGUAGUGUUGAAGUGGAGACUAGUAAAUGUGGGUUGGACAUUAUGAUAUGUAUAAUUAUUAUAAAUUUGAGUUGUAUAGAUUAUUUAAAUUAGUACUCAUUCAUGUAUGUUACUUAACUUCAACAGAUCAUAACAUUUGUACAAUGAGGAGGGUGGUCGUAGAUUACUUCAUUGUUUUUAUUUUUUUGUUUUUUUUGUUAGAUUUUGUUUUUGGCUAGCAAACAGUCUAGAAAAUGAUAAAACUUGUCAUUUUGAUAAAAUUAAUAUCUACUAUACAACAGUAUGGUGUAUCUCGAUUUGAAUGUAAUGAAGUUUGAUUCCCUAAAAUAUGUCUCACACUUUUGUUGAGAAAAUAUCUGAAAUAAAACUUGUUAAAUGGAAAUUGUUGUGCAUGUUAAACUUUAUUAUCCUGCUACAGGAAAAUCAUGUGAUGAGAUACCUUGUUCCACUCUAUUCAGGUGAAACAAGAUACAGCAAAUGUUUCUUUUAUCAUGUGACCUUAUAGAACAAUGUGAGUUUAUAUUAGAUUGCUAUAGUUUCCUAGGACUCCUGUCAAACUGGGGGUCACAAGAACUCUCCUGUUAAUUUAUGUCAACAUGCAGUACCCCCAUAAUGUUACAGGAGGUAUAUUUCUAUUGAAUCACAGAUUGAUUAGCUUUCCUGUUGCCUUGUACAUGCUUUUUAGACCUAGUCAAUCCAAUAUGCAGCAAGACCCAAUACAUUUGGGCCUGACAUAUUCUAUGACCGACUAGAGCGGAUCAAUACAGUGGUUGUGUGAUAAAGUGCGUUUGAAAGGUCACAUGAUCAGUGGUAUCUAUGGUGCGUGUGAAGUUGUGUGGAAGUACCUGGAUUUGUGCUGUUAGAUGUAUAAUUCUGAUAUUCCUCAUCUAAAAUUGAUAAAACUAAAUACAGUACAUACUGUCAUUCCCUUUAAUACCAAAUCUAUUUAGGAAAUAUAAAUAUGUAUGACCAAUUCCUGACUUAAAAAGUGAUGGUUGGGAUUCAACUUUGUUGCCAGUCUCCAUAUAAUACGCAUCUCUAAAGUGCCAACUCACUAAGACAAGCGGCUUCUGUAUGUCAAUAUGAUAAAUGUGUGUAGAAUAUUUUGGACCAUGUAUGCUGCAACAUAAAGUUUGUUUUCAUAGACAGAACGGUACCUUUCAAAAUGAAAAUGACAUGGGAUCAUC